AGGAACCCAAUCUAGCGAUUUGUGACUAAAAUGAAGCGGAUAACAGCAACUUUCUGUACAAUUUGUGCCAUUUUCUGGUGGACAGUCGUGUUCGCUUUGGCGACCGACACGGAUGCCUCAACAGUUUCUCCAACUGCAGAUCCAUGUUCGUCCUCUCCGUGCCAAAAUGAGGGAGUAUGUAGUCUGAGUGGGGAUAAUUUUACAUGUGAGUGUGCCAAUGGAUUUGAUGGAGAAAUAUGUGAUAUUGAUAUAAAUGAAUGUAGCAGUGAACCCUGUAGUAAUAACAGUACUUGUAAAGAUAGAAUAGAUGGGUAUAUAUGUCACUGUUCUGCUGGAUGGAAUGGUGACAACUGUACACAAAAUAUUAAUGAAUGUGAAGAUAUAAAUUUAAAUGAUUGUAGUGAGUUUGCUGAUUGUAUCGAUAACAAUGGGAGUUAUACAUGUUAUUGUACUACUGGUUACCAAGGAGAUGGAAUACUUUGUACAGAAAUUAUGUUAUACCCAUAUUAUCAAGAAGGUCAGUCAUUGAAAGGUGAUGAUGUUUUCUCAGAAGCAAUAUAUUUCCGUGAAGGAUUUCCAUUCUUUGGGAAAUUCUACUUAAAAUUUUAUCUCAGUAUGAAUGGAUAUAUUUCGUUUACAGAACCUUAUAAACAAUCUAUACCACAACGUCCAUUUCCUUCCCCUGCUGGUCGGGUGAUUAUUGCUCCAUAUUGGACUGAUAUAGAUACUUCAUUAGGUGAUGGUGUAUUAUAUUACAAAUCAUAUAUCAAGUCUUCCAGUAUAGUAGAUGUGUAUUCAAAAACAGUAUUAGAUUUAUCUUCACAACAUGUACAGCAAUAUUUUAACUUAUCAGAUUUCCAGUCAACGUUUGUAUUUAUUGCAACUUGGUAUAAAGUUGCACCCUAUCCUGCCAGGAUUUAUGCUGAUGCAGAGACAUCCACUUUUCAAGUUGUCAUGGCAACAGAUGGUGAUUCCUCCUAUAUUUUGUUUAAUUAUGGUCUUGGUGAAAUGCAAUGGAAAAAAGAUAAUGUUGACCAAAGGAAAAUAGAAGUUGGUUGUUCUGAUGGUGUGGAUCACUUCUAUGUUGUGGAUGAAUCCUUUAUAAGUGAAAUUCAUGAAAUUGAUAAAUUUCUUGGAUACAACACAAAUAAAUUUGGGAGAUGGGCAUUUGAUGUAAAUGUAGCCAACCAAGUAAAUCCACAGAAAGCCUGUAUUCAGUGGCAUGAUAGCCAUCCUGACACGUCGUCAUACAUCGCUGCAUCACAGCCGUGUCCAUGUACAAUGAAUCAAGCACUACUAGAUGCUAGGUUUAAAUUUGAUGACAUCACAUACUGCGCUUCCAGCUUGUUUAGUAAACAAGGAAGUAAACAACAUUGUUGUUAUAGUAGUGGUAAACAUACUGCUAUGUAUGGUGCGUUGAUUAAAGGUUCUCCAGACAGUGGUGUUAUUGAAAUAGACAAUUUAUCGGAGUCACAAAAACAUGGUUACAUCUUAUGUUGUAAUAAAACCAGUCUAUGUCAUCUUUAUUAUGAUAAAUAUCCAUCAGACACAUGUGAUCGGUAUAAGCCAAUGAUGACAUACCAGACUUUUGUUAUCCCUUGUUUUGCGAACCCGCCGAAUGAAUAG